CGGGCGGGCGGGCGGCUCUCUCCGCGCCUGCAGCGAGGCGCCGGGCCCUCGGGGCUGCCAUGCCCCCGGCGAAGGGCGGGGGCGAGCGGGCCGCGCCCCCCGGCUGGGCGGCCGCCGAGACGGAGUGCGGCAUCUGCUGCGAGAGCUUCGACGGGCGCGCCCGGCGGCCCAAGCUGCUCGGCUGCCGCCACCAGGUGUGCGCCCGCUGCCUGCGCCGGAUGGCCGAGGCGGGCCGCUCCCCCGCCGGGCUGCGCUGCCCCUUCUGCCGGCAGGAGACGCCCGUGCCGGGCGAGGACGUGGCGCGGCUGCCGGACGACGGGCGGGUGCUGGCGCUGCUCGGCCGCCAAGGCGGCUCGCCAUCCUCCCCGGAGCUGCUGCUCUGCCCCGGCGUGCUGGAGCCCUCGGCCGAGGGCAAGCGCCGCUCCUCGGCCUGCCUGGUCAUCACCCUGCUGGAGGUGCCGGAGGACGCGGCUGCCCCCGUGGGGCUGGACCUGGUGGACGUGAUGCGCUUCUACCGCCCGCCCAGCGUGGCCUCCCUGCCCUGCCACAGCCCGCCGCCCCUCUGCCCUGACUCCUGCGGCCCCCAGCGGGCCGUGCCCCCGUGCCUGCUGGGCCUGCUGGGCCUGGUCUACUUCAGCUCCCUGCCCUUAGGCAUCUACCUGCUGCUGGUGGAGCGGCCCAACCUGGGCCUGGUGCUGGUCAGCCUGGUGCCCGCCAGCCUUCUGCUCUGCGUCUUCUACAGCCUCUGCCAGUGCCUCUGCCAGGACCUCUUUGACCUCCCCGCCUGAGGAGUUGCCUUGGGAGGCUGCCCCCCCAACGCUCCCUGCCCUUCACACAGACCCCCCCCCCUCUGACCAGGAGGGGGGGGCUUUUCACAGCAGCAGUGGGUGGGGUGGCUUCCCUCCAGCAGCUUCAGUUCCAUGACGGUUGUGACCCGGAGGGCAGAGAUGCCGAUGGCGCCCUUGCCAAAAAGCCCCUAGCGCCCCACUUUCUGCCGUGAGGUUGUGUUUGUCACCAGGAACAGCCACCCGGUUUGGGACCUCUGAUGGACAACUGCCUAGGGACUCAAGUCCUGUGAACCUGCAGGCCAAGAAGAGCCUCUGUAGCAACCCCAAGGGAACCAUCCCUUACAGCAGAAAUUGAACCUCAAUGCAUAGUGGCAGUGUACCUGACGACUGCAACCCAUAUUACAAAGUAGGUACUUUACUUUCAGUAUCAUGGAGAGUUUGGCUGGAGAUUUUGGGAAAUGCUGGAGCUGGCAGCCGGAGGCUAACUCCCCAGUUUGGAUGAAGCUUCCCUGGAGGGAAGGGAGGGGGGUGGAGGAUGAGGAAGAGGCUCCGGGAAAAGAGGCCUGAGGAGCACGAACAGCCCAACAGUGAGAGCUUGUUGCUUCCUCACCCCGAUGAGAAAGCAGGGGACAGCAUAAGGUCCUGCCUCAACUCCUCCUCCCAAGAAAGCAGAACUCUUGAAACAGGCAUUACUUCAAAAGGAACUUUUGUUGAGAGAUAGUGAUAGCAAGGGAGCAAAGCAAGAUCUAAAGUUUUCCCGUGCAAAUUGAUACAUUAAACCCACCCCAGAGCCCAACUGCCCAGCUCGCAUCCAGCCAAUCCACAGGUGCGAAGUCGUUAUGGGAACCGAAGCGGAUAAGGGACGGUUCCCAGGCGCUUCAUCGGAUCUGGCAACGGUGUGGAGUUAAGGCAAAUGUCCCCUGGCACGUUCCUCUCCCCUUUUCACACCCAAAGAGAUACGUCAAAGUUCAGAAAGAACAAAGUAGAGGAAAUAAAUCCACAAGGCCCCCUUGCAGCAGAGAAAAGCCUCCCGCCUCCCACUGGAAUGGCGGAGCCCCCAAAAGAAAUAUCAAAGAGGUGUAGCAGUGCCGGGCAGGAAUACCUGAGCAGGAGCAGCCGAGGCUCCGUCUGUCUCUCCUGACAGGCCUUCCCAGCUCCUGUGCACCGUUUGCACACAGACCCGGACCUCCCUUCCCCAGAGGUUGUGCCAGGCUGGGUGCCCAGACUGUCCAUGGGCAAGUUCUUGUGCCAGGAUCCUCCAGAGAGUGCUGGGGGCCCCUGUUGCUAAAUGAAGGGUCCCGGAAGGAAAGUGGGGGUGCCAGAGGCCAUCCAAAAGUCACCUGGGGAUUCAGCCCAAGGCUCUGCAUCUUCCCUGGAACAACACCCCCCCCCCUCAGUUUGUCUGGCUUUUUUCCUCCUGCGGGAGAAAGUGGGUGCUCCCUUUUUUUUCUGGCUGAGGACUCAGCCCCCCCUCCUGAAAUCCCACGUUCCAGCAUCCCCCCCCCCCAAUUCAGGGCCUCCAACACUGCCAAGGCUGGUCAAGCCACUGAACUCCAGGAUCAGAAGGGACUCUUGAGGUCAUCCAGGCCAUCCCCACUCAAUGCAGGGAGGCAUCCCAGAGGCAAAAGACACAGCAAAGGGCAGCCCCCCCUUCUCCCCCCCAGUCUGGGCUCCAUUGUCCCUCUGCGGAGACUCUUCAGGGCCUGAAUUCUAUUCUAUUCUAUUCUAUUCUAUUCUAUUCUAUUCUAUUCUAUUCUAUUCUAUUCUAUUCUAUUCUAUUCUAUUCUAUUCAUUCAUUCCAUUCCAUUCCAUU